AUGCAAUGUUUGUUGUCAGAGAGAUUGUCAGUUUGUUCAAAAGAGAACUUGAUAACUGAUGUGCCAUUAUUGGUUGUAAUCAGAUUAACAAGUAGUAUCAAUACUUUUAUCUUUUAAAAAAAUUGAAAAUAGCAACGAUUUCGCAGUCUAAAAACAGUCUUGUAUUAUACGCACCACUCUCAGUGAAUAGAAUGCAAGGUCAAACUUCCUACAAACUGGUCAUAGUCGGUUGCGGUGGUGUCGGUAAAUCAGCCCUAACGAUCCAAUUGAUAAAAAAUUACUUCGAACCGAUUUACGAUCCAACAAUCGAAGAUUCAUACAAAAAACAAGUUAUUGUUGAUGGUGAAGUGUGUCACCUGGAUGUUCUGGACACAGCUGGACAGGAGGAAUAUUCGGUGAUGAAAGAGCAUUAUAUGCGUACCGGCGAAGGUUUCUUGAUCGUAUUCGCCAUCAAUGAUGCCAAGAGUUAUGAGGACUGGGGAACGUACAGAGAGCAAAUUAAACGCGUUAAGGACAGUGACAGAGUUCCGAUGGUGCUUGUGGGCAAUAAGAGCGAUUUAAACGAUUGGAAGGUGGACAUUAGGGCGGCCAGAGAAGCUGCGAAGGCUCAUCGCUUGCCGUUUGUCGAGGCAUCCGCUUUAACUCGCAUGGGCGUCGAUGAUGCAUUUUAUACGCUGGUGCGUGAAAUACGGAAAUUCAGGAAGGACAACAAGGAGAAAAAGGUAGAUAAAAGGAAGUGGAUAGUAGCGACAAGAAAGCGCUGUACUAUUUUGUAACAUUAAACACAUUAGGCGUAAAAUAAAUGGGGCAAACAAUUUCAUAAUCAUA